AUGAUAGCAGACAUAGCCACUGAAGAUGCUGGGACUUUCAUUUCCACUGUUGGCAGUGAGCUCUUCCCUGUGUUAUCAAUAGAAACCAAUGGGAAGCCUAAACUUCUGCCCCUAAUUGGCAGGAAAAUCAGCACAGGUGGUUGUGUGGGGCAUGGUUCCAGUCCAAGGGCACAAUCCUCAGAGCCCUUGAAGCUCAGUGUUUCAGAGUCUAGGAGCAGUCAGUUUAUAUACUAUGCUGUUGUCUGUGUUCUUAUGUUCUUGGACAGCCCAGCCCUCCAGGAUGAUGGCCAGGUUGGGCAGCAGCCUGCAGGAGCUGCAGUCUGUUUAACAGAAUGUUUCAGAACUACACUACAGAACUUUUUGGUGUGGCCUAGGUCGGAACCUGCUCCCUCUGCUUGCGGGGAGGUGUGGCGGGAGAGACGCAGGCAGGAACCGGGGCUGCGCGCAGCGCUCGGGCCAGCGCCAGUUCCGGGUGGUCACGGGCUCAGCGGGCCCCGCACUCGGAGCAGCCGGCUGACGCCAACGGCCCCGGGCAGUGACCGGCUUAGCACCUGGGCCAGCAGCUGUAGAGGGUGCGCCGGGUCACUCAGCACUGCCGGCCCGCCCGCGCAGCGCUGGAAUUCUCGCGGGGCCUCAGCCACCCCUCCAUGGGGCAGGGCUCAGGACCUGCAGCCCGCCAUGCUCGAGCUCCCCCCACCCUUCAUGGGCUCCGGCGCUGACCGAGCCUCCCCCAUGGGCGCCGCCCCCUGCUCCAGGGCGCCCGGUCCCAUGAACUGCCCAAGGCUGAGGAGUGUGGACGCGCGGUGCGGGACUGGCGGGCAGCUCAGCCCCCCCCACAGCAUGCAGGAUCUACUAGUAAAUCUGCUGCUGUUCACUCUUUUGGUCUGCACCGCCUUUAUGAGCUGUAACACUCACCACGAAGGUCUGCAGCUUCACUCCUGAAGCCAGCAAGACCGCAAGCCCACCGGGAGGGACGAACAACUCCGGAUGGGAGGAAUGAACAUCUUCCGACGUGCCGCCUUAAGAGCUAAAACACUCACCAUGAAGUUCUGCAGCUUCACUCCUGAAGCCAGCAAGACCACAAGCCCACCGGGACGGAUGAACAACUCCUAAUGGGAGGAAUGAACAGCUUCCGACAUGCCGCCUUAAGAGCUAUAACACUCACCAUGAAGGUCUGCACCUUCACUCCUGAAGGCAGUGAGACCACGAACCCACUGGAAGGAAGAAACUCUGAACACAUCCGAACAUCAGAAGGAACACACUCUGGACACACCAUCUUUAAGAACUGUAACACUCACUGCAAGGGUCCGCUGCUUCAUUCUUGAAGUCAGUGAGACCAAGAACCCACCAAUUCCAGACACAGAAUUCAACUGUAAAUCUGUCUUAUCUUAUCCUGGGACUUUUUUGCUUGGUAGACUAUUUAUUACUGCCACAAUCUCAGAACUUGUAUUGGUAUAUUCAGGGAUUCAACCUCUUCUUGGUUCAGCUGUGGGAGGGAGGGUACGUGUCCAGAAAUUUAUCCAUUUCUUCUAGAUUUUCUAGUUUGUGUUGAUAGAGGUGUUUAUAGUAUUCUCUGAUGGUUGUUUGUAUUUCUGUGGGGUCGAUGGUGAUAUCCCUCUUAUUUCUGAUUGUGUUUACUUGACUCUUCUUUCUUUUCUUCAUUAGUCUAGCUAUCAAUCUAUCAAUUUUAUUAUUUUUUUCAAAAAAACUACUUCUAUAUUCAUUGAUUUUUUUUAAUGAUUUUCCAUGUCUCUAUCUGCUUCAGUUCAGCUCUGAUUUUGGUUAUUUCUUGUCUUCUGCUAGCUUUGGGAUUUGUUUGUUCUUGGUUCUCUAGUUCUUUUAGUUGUGAUGUUAGGUUGUUAACUUGAGAUCUUUCUAGCUUUUUGAUGUGGGCAUUUAGUUCUAUAGAUUUCCUCCUUAACACUGUCUUUGCUGCGUCCCAGAGGUUCUGUUACAUUGUAUCUUUAUUCUCAUUAGUUUCAAAGAACUUCUUGAUUUCUGCCUUAAUUUUAUUGUUUAUCCAAAAGUCAUUCAGGAGCAGGUUGCUCGAUUUCCAGAUAAUUGUGUGGUUUUGAGUGAAUUUCUUAAUCUUGAGUUCUAAUUUGAUUGCUCUGUGGUCUGAGAGACUGCUUGUUAUUAUUUCAGUUCUUUUGCAUUUGCUCAGGGUGUUUUACUUAUAGUUAUGUGAUCAAUUUUACAGUAAGUUACAUGUGUCAAUGAGAAGAAUGUAUAUUUUGCUGUUUUGGGGGUAGAGAGUUCUGCAGAUAUCUGUCAGGUCCACUUGAUCCAGAGCUGAGUUCAAGUCCUAAAUAUCUUUGUUAAUUUUCUGUCUUAAUUAUCUAAUAUUGACAGUGGGGUGUUAAAAUCUCCCACUAUUCUUGUGUGGGGGUCUAAGUCUCUUUGUAGGUCUCUAAGAACUUCCUUCAUGCAUCUGGGUGCUUCUCUGUUGGGUGUAUUUAAGUUUAGGAUAUUUAGGUCGUCUUGUGGAAUUAAACCCUUUACCAUUAUUUAACGCCCUUGUUUGUCUUUAUUUUCAUCUUUGGUGGUUUAAAGUCUGUUAUUUCAGAAACUAGGAUUGCAAUCCUUGCAUUUUUCUGUUUUUCAAUUGCUUGGAAAAUUUUCCUCUAUUCCCUUAUUUUCAGCCUAUGUGUGUCUUUGCAUGUGUGAUUGGUUUCUUGAAGACAGCACAUCGAUGGGUCUUGGUGCUCUAUUCAGCUUGCCAUUCUCUGUCUUUUAAUUGGGGGAUUUAGCCCAUUUACACUUAAGGUUAGUAUUGUUAUGUGUGAAUUUGAUCCUGUCAUCAUGAGGUUAGCUUGUUACUUUGUAACAGAGUGGGGUCACACUAUCACUCACCACUUCCCUUGGCUUGGGGUGGCAGUUCCUUGGGCUCUGUGCCACUCCUGGGUGGUUUGUCACCCCCCUCCUUUUCUUUAUUCUCCAUGGGUCAAGUUGUUCACCUAGUUAUUCCAAAUGCAAGAACAUAGAUAUUUCCAUUGAAGGUGCUGAAUUCACUCACCCCUUUUCAUUUCUCUUUGUGAGUGCUGUGCACUGCAGCUGCUUCUAAUCAGCCGUUUUGUUCCUACAUCUGGCUUAUCUUUGAAGUCUCAAAGGUGAGGAAUAGGUCUGUCUCAUUCACCACUGGAUAUCCAAAAAAAGAAGUAAAAGAACAUAUGUCUUAGCUGCAUCCAUACACUUUUGUACACUCUUACUCUUAUUUUUAAUCUCAUAUACUUCACUAACAUUUAGCACCUGUUCGUCAAUCACCAUUUUAUAGUUGCACAGAGCAAAACAAUCCACUUUACUCUCGAAAUUCAGUAAUUGUUAGUCACCUUUUUCUUUCCUGCUGCAUGUGUUUCCUCUCCUCAUAUCCAAGAAAUAACAAUAGGGAACAUAACUAGUUUACCUGUUACUAGCUUAAUUUUGAGUGAUACACACUGAAAGCAAAAUCUCGUGUUAUGCAUUUGGAAUGUGAGAUCCAAAAAUUCUAAGUUCCUAGCAAUUUAAUAAAAUUCUCUCUUUUCUAAGAA